AUGAGGCCUUCAUCCCUUCUCCAACUUCCGCUUCUCGGCCUAAGUUGUGCUUCUGCCCAUGACUCUCCUCAUAGGAGAUCUUCCUCGUUCCCAUGCAAUUAUUCCACCCUGAACACCACCGUCGGCAGCUACACGGUCAAAGAGAAUGAGACUAUCUCACAAAUUUCCACCGACGUCGACCGAGGAAUCUGCGAUAUUGCUCGCGCCAACCGCAUGGCAGAUGCAAUGCUUCCUUUCUAUGAGGGCCAGAAAUUGAUCAUUCCAGCCGAGGUCUGUAAGCCGGAUAAUUCGACAUGCCUGAUCGUUCAAAGCGACAAUGCUUCUUACGCCAAUUGCGUGAUUGGAGGGCCUCACACCUACUACACACUUAAGGGAGACACUCUCCGCUAUAUCGCUCUAAAACUCAACAUCACGGUGGAUACACUCUCAGCUACUGCGCAAAGUGACUCCAACGACCCUGACGCAGCCGUUCAAGUCAAUAAUUUCCUAAAACUUCCCCUUUGCAGCCCAAGUCAAUGCUCUGUCAUCCCUAAAACUUUCACCUACGGCACUUAUAAGGAUAUUGCUGAGCAAAUGGGUACUACACCAGGUCAGCUCAUGGCGCUUAAUCCCACGUACAAUUCCUCCAGUGUUGCAUGGGGCGAGGGAGCUGUCAUCUCUGUGUUGAGUGACUGUGAGACUAUAGGAUCCAAUGUCACGGUCGUAUCCUAA